AUUUUUAGUGUGUGUAUUAUAGAAGACUUACACUUUGAUCUGCUGAAUCCUCUUCAAAUUAACGUCCUACGUAAUUGCAUUUGUUUGAUUUUCUGGUGCACGGUUCCCAUCCCAUUUUAUUCCGUAGUUUUGCAUUCAUGUCAAAUUGUGAUUAUCAGGAAUAUAAGAUUGCCUACUCCUAAUCAUGAAAAAUGAGAGAGAAAUUAGCGAAGUUGAUGACAGUACUGACAAGACAUCCGUUCCUAUAAAUGGUAUUGUGGGAGAAUUGACAACCAACAUCGCACUAAAGCUACUCCAUGUUUCGCCAUUGCCAGCAUCCUGCUGCAUCUUCAGAGUUCCCCUCCAGAUUCGGCGAAAAAACGCACAAGCAUACAAACCUUACGUCAUCUCAAUCGGACCCUUUCACCGUGGCGGUGGUGGCGAUCAAUUCCAACUCUUGGAAAAUGUGAAGCGCUGGUACUUACAGUGCCUUCUUUCACACGCAAAAACAACUUUGCCAGGCUUGAUCGAAGGUGUCGCGGAUUUGGAAAAGCACGCUCGUGAUUGUUACGCAGAGCCAUUGGGUCUCAACAAGGAAGACUUUGUUGAGAUGAUGGUACUCGACGGAUGCUUCCUAAUCGAACUAUUUCGAAAAGGACCUUCCCACGAUCUACCAGACGAGAAGGACCCCGUUCACUGUAUGUCCGGCAUUCGGCUAUAUCUUUACCAUGACCUUCUCCUGCUAGAAAAUCAGCUGCCAUGGUUUGUUCUCGAGCGGUUAUACAAUUUAACCGCCGUGAAGAGUACUACUAGCGAAGGAAAUGCCUCCUCCCUCGCCGACCUUGUCCUCAAGUUCUUCACAGAAUACGUCGGGGACAAUCUCAUUUUAAACCCGAGUGUGGAUCUCCGUCCUGAAAUCCUGCACAUACUCGGUCUCAUAAGAACCUCAGUCAUUGGCACUUUUAAACACGAGAGCACGGGGAAUAAGAUGCCGAAGGUUCCAAACGUGACAACUCUGUCCGAAGCUGGCAUUAAAUUCAAAGAAGGUCCUCGGGGUGACAUGUUGAAAAUGAAGUUCGAAAAAGGGGAGUUCACCAUGCCACAACUAGUAAUCGAUGAGCGGACAGGGCCGCUCCUCAGGAACCUCAUCGCCUUCGAGCAAUGCUACCCAACUGCCUCCACACGAUAACGAGUUACGCCGUCCUGAUGGAUAAUCUCAUCAAUUCGAGCAAGGACAUCGACCUUCUUUGCGAGAGGAAAAUACUGGUGAAUUGGUUGAGCUCGGAAGACGCUGCGCAGUU